CGGUCACGCUGCACCUCUAGCAUUUUUAUUUCGCACGCAAAAUAAAAAUAAUGGAAAGAAAUUGACCAAAUCCGGCCGUAAAAUGCGAUCCUCCAGAUCCUAGAUCCCCGAAAUCUUGGUACAAAGUGAGUGGGCAGCGACACAGCGAGAGAGAGUGGGAGAAAGAGAGCUAGUGAGAGUGAGAGGGAGUGCAGUGUCCCGAGCACUCGAUUUGGAUUCCAGAAAGGAUUUGGAUUUGGAUUUGGAUUUGCAUUACUUUCUGCUGCGAAAUGAUGCCCUACAAUGUGCGAAAUGCCGGCGGCGGAAGCGUUGGCGGAAUCCUUCGGCGCACGGGCCACGCUUCCAGUUCCAGUUCCAAUCUAAUCCUGAGCAAUGGCAACGGAGGCACGGGAAUGGGAGGAACAGUGGGAACGGCAGGAGGUUCCUCCUCCUCCGCCUCUUUGAACCUGGAAAACCACCGACAAACGCCGCUGGAACUGCUCGUCUUUGGCUACGCCUGCAAGAUUUUCCGGGACGACGAGAAGGCGCGGGAAAUGGACCACGGCAAGCAGCUAAUUCCCUGGAUGGGCGAUGUAAAUCUCAAGAUAGACAGAUACGAUGUGCGUGGCGCCCUCUGCGAACUGGCGCCCCACGAGGCGCCACCUGGCGGCUAUGGCAACCGUUUGGAGUACUUGACCGCCGAGGAGCAGCGCGCCGAGCAACUUUGCGAGGAGGAGCGCUACCUGUUCCUCUACAACAACGAGGAGGAGCUGCGACUGCGCCAAGAGGAGGACCUCAAGCGGCUGCAGCAGGAGACCUCCGGCGGCAACUACAGCCAGGUGGGCUUCCAGUACGAUGGCCAGUCCGCGGCCUCAGCCUCCACGGCGCCCUCGCAGCUCUCGCCGACCUCCGAGGAGAACGAGCUGCCCUUCGUCCUGCCCUACACGCUGAUGAUGGUGCCUCCGUUGGGCAUGCAGCUGCCGGAAACGAUGAAGCAGCACGCCAUUAUUGAGAAGACAGCUCGCUUCAUCGCCACCCAGGGUGCCCAGAUGGAGAUCCUGAUCAAGGCGAAGCAGGCGAACAACAACCAAUUCGAUUUCCUCACCCAGGGUGGCCACUUGCAGCCGUACUACCGUCACCUUUUGGCCGCCAUCAAGGCAGCGAAAUUCCCGCCCGCUCCGGAGGCCACGUUGGAUCAGCAGCAGCAGCAGACUGGCCAGGACCAGGAAUCGAAUCCAUCAACGAACGAUGUACAUGGCGAGGACGGAGCGGGCGGAGGAAGGAGGAACAGCAACCAAGUGGUCAUCACGGUGCCCACUAUUAAGUACAAACCCUCGGCGAACUGCGCCUACACCCAGCUAAUUAGCAAGAUCAAGGGCGUUCCCCUGCAGGCUGUUUUGCUGGAGGACGAGUCGAGUAAUCCCGGGAAUUCGCAGCACUCGGGCACGGAUUCACCCACGCCCAGCUGCCGAUCCGAAGGUCACAACAGCCAGGGCGGCGGGGAAUUCACGCCCGUGCUGCUGCAGUACAACGGGAGUACCUUCACCCAUGAGACGGAGACGCCGCAGGAUGACAACGAGAACAACAGUCGCGAGCCGCCGCAGGUGGAGCUGCUUAAGAACACGAGUGCCCUGGCCCUGGCCCAAAACUAUAGUUCCGAAAGCGAUGAUGAAGAGGAGGAGGAGCCGGAAAAGGAACCCGAAAAGAAACCCGAGCCCGUCUUGACCUUUCCCGUUCCGGAGGAGAGUCUGCGGCACAUAAUCGACAAGACGGCCACGUAUGUGAUCAAGAACGGACGGCAAUUCGAGGAGACGCUGCGCACGAAGAGCGUGGAGCGGUUUAGUUUCCUGCUGCCGGCGAAUGAGUUCUAUGCCUACUACUUGUACAAGGUGACCGGCGAUGUGGAUGCGGCAUCCAAGGAGGAGAAGACUCGCAAAGCGGCCGCCGUGGCAGCUGCCCUGAUGUCCAAGAAGGGACUCAGCUUUGGCGGAGCGGCAGCUGCUGCUCUAGGAACUGGCAACAAUCUGGAUAAGGCUCCUGUAAGUUUCUCCAUUCGCGCUCGGGAUGAGCAUGGUCCAUUGCAACCCACUCUUCCGCAGGAGACCAGCGACGAGGAGGCCAGUUCGAUGGCCGGUGGCGGCGGGGAGCAAGUGCGUCCGGGCAUGCCGGAUAGUGUGCAGCGGGCCAUCAAGCAGGUGGAGACGCAAUUGUUGGCCAGGACCGCCGGUCAGAAGUCGUCAGCCGCCCCAUCCUCGUGUUCCUCGCCGCAAAAAGAGCAGCGACAAGCUGAGGAGCGCGUAAAGGACAAACUGGCGCAAAUCGCCCGCGAGAAGCUGAACGGAAUGAUUUCCCGCGAGAAACAAUUGCAAUUGGAGCGAAAACGCAAGGCCAUGGCCUUUCUCAAUCAGAUCAAAGGUGAGGGUGCCACUGUGGGUUCAGCGGUGACCGGUACUGCUCCUAAUCCUCCAGAGGCUGCGGCAGGUGCUUCGCAAUCGGCAGGCGGUGAAAGUGACAAUGAGUCCAACGACGAAUCGGUUCGAUCCAUACCCAUCACAUUCUUUGGACCCGACGACGAUGACGAGGUGGGAGAUGAUGAUCAGAAGGAGCCUGAGGUGAGACUCGAAAGGAGAGCGAAGGAGGAUGAGGAGGACGACGACGAAGAGGACGAGGAUGACGAUGGCGAUCUGGAGAAGUACAAUCUGCUAAACGAUGAUAGCACAAACACCUUCACCAGCAAACCCGCACCUUCGCUCGUGGCUCCUCCUCCUCCUGCCGCUGCUUCCGCCGUCCCCGCCCCUGCCGUUCUUCUCUCCGACGACGACGACGUCCAGCUGGUGGCCACGUCCUCCUCCUCGCGAUCCUCCCGGUCGCGUCCCCGUAAAAUGCCCCGCCGGAGCAUGAGUCGCAGCCGGAAUGGUCGCAGCAGAAGUCGCAGUGCCAGCAGUGCUUCCAGUCGAGAAUCCUCCCACCGACGGCGCCAGAAAAGCAGCAAACCUUCCAAGGAGCCAUCAUCCUCGAUCGCGGCCCGAAAAUCCCAGUCGCAGUCAACGCAGCGAAGAAAAGGAAGCCCAAAGAAGAGGAGGCGCAGCAGGAGUAGAAGCCGAUCAAGGAGCCACCGACGGAGUAGAAGCAGAAGCAGCAUAUCACGCACCAAUAGGCGGAGCAGAUCGCGUAGCUACUCCGGCGGAAGUCGGGAGGCGGAACAGCGACACCGGCAGCAGCAGCAGAGGCGCCGCACGCCCACCAAGAAGUCGCACAAGCGGCACAAGCGACGCAGGCGCAGCAGCUCCCCCUGAUGAUCCAGAUCCAAAUCCACCUCCACAUUUCAAAGUUUUUUGUAGUUCACAAGUUGUAUCAAAUAAACCACCAACAUAUUUUUGUAAACAA